AUGACAAUUAUAACGAAACCUAAUCUUAAAAAAGCACCGGGUCUCCAUUCAAAUGUGAUCCAAAAACUGAAUACAAAGGUGCAUGCAUUGGAAUUAUUGAAAUAUAUUGGAUAUAUAGACGACGGAAACGGACGAUAUGUUUAUGAACAAACGAAUUCACCGAAUGAAAUAGUACAACGUGAGAGAGCCGUCGAGGAAUUUCAGAGAUUUCAUGAUUAUUUGACGAGCAUCAAAGAUGAGCAUUCGACUAAUUAUCCAGACUUGCAGAACAUUUUACUCUCGUACUCGGAAGCAUCUUUUAACGAUGAUUUGGAAGUUGGUUAUGAAUUUGAAAGAUCAUGGCAAACAACAUCAAAUUCAUCGCCGUUCGCAAGUUUUGACACUGCAUCACCAGUAACACGGUCAUCAUCUUCAUCAAAACUGCCCAGCUUUAUGGCAGUCCAAGAAGGCAAUGAAAAAACAGAUGAAACUAUUCGUUUAUUCAAACAAAGUAUCGUACCACAACAUGGAGCACCGACUCCACACAGUUACAUUCGUCGAACUUUGUUACUGUUAUUAUUUAAACAACUCUAUCCGGGUAGCGUUGAGCUUGGCGACGAAAUCAUUGAUGGAGACAUUGACCGUCGAGUUGAAAAUUUGAAAAUGAGAGACAGAGAUAGAAAUUUGUCGACAAGUAAUGAAGUUUAUUUUGAAUGUUUGAUUCGAGCCAGAUUCGAUGAAGAUGCUGCACUCGAGAUACUUCGUAUAAAACGACCUAACCUGCAACCUCCUCCAGAACCAGUAGCGCCUCCUGAACCGCCAAGAACUUCAAUCAAUAGUUGUACACAACAUUUACGAAUUCACUGGAAUGCAAUUAUGAAUAAUGCAAAUAGAAAUCGAGCUGAACCGAUGCCGAUACAUCGGGUUGAUGAAUGGAAAUCUGCGACACAUGUUGUCGAUGCUAUUAUCAAAUUUCGACAACAGCAUAAUGAUCAACAGAUGGAUAGUGGGCAGGCCGAUGAAUUCGCUGUUUCAAGACUGUUUCGAUUGAUCUACAGUGAGUUAUCUCGUAUUGUUCAUAACUUAUUGCCAGUGCAGAUCGAAAUGUUGGCUUCUGCUUUGUGCCGUGUCCCACUUGUUAGUCUCCAACAUCUGAAUAUAACUGAUAUUCGUGAUAUUAUCAAAUCCUGUGAUCAUGGGAAUAUUCCAAAUGAUUUCGAAGAUGACGCUGUGAAACUACUAUCAUUAGAAUGUCCAAUUUGUUUGGAUUCGUUUCCCCGCAGCAAUAUGGAAGUCAUGUUUUUAUGCAACCACAUAUGUUGUUCAGAUUGCAUUAAGAAUUAUUACCGUACAACUAUUACAACAAUCGAAAGCGCGGAUUGUCUGAAACGUUUGGCAUGUUUUCAGGAACAACACGACAUACCUGACGAAAUCAAACUGAAUUUUUUUCAAUAUUUAGAAACAAAACUCAAUCAAUGGUUUGCCGAUGAUCAACUGAUUCUUGGCAUAUACCAUGAAAAUCUCUUUUUAGCAACGCGAGACACUCAAAUAAAAAAAUGUGGCAAUCCACGAUGUCCUGCUUUCUUUGAUACGGGCAACCGUAAUAACCGAGUCGCUCCUAUUCAAUGUCCUCAUGCCGGAUGUCAAUUUCAACAGUGUCAACAGUGUUGUCGAAAGUGGCUUGACGAACAUAAUGAUAGGACUUGUGAACAGUACACUGAUUGGUUGAGAGAUAACGACCCUGAUGAUCCGGAAGUACAACUUAUGCAGUAUCUAAAUACAGCUGGAAUGACAUGUCCAAACGAGCAAUGUAAAGCUGUUUAUGAAUAUAAAGCUGGCGGAUGCGAACAUUUCACAUGUCCUCGAUGUAACACGGAAUUUUGUCGCACAUGUUCUGCACUGUUCUACAAUCCAAAAAAGCAAAAAUCUUGUCCACGAGCACAAUGCCCGUUGCGGAGUACAUUUCAUGCACAUUGCUGUCUGAAUUGUUAUCGUGAAAUUCGUGAUGUUCCAACUGAGCAACUUAUCGCAUUUUUAAAUAAGCAUGGCAUCAACGUCGCGGAAGAACUUCGACAAAAACCGGUUGGUAAAGACGGUAUUUGUUCAGUUGAAGAUUGCAAUCAUCAAUUGUCGGACGCAACUGAAAAUCGUUUCUGCGAAGCGUGCUAUAAACAAUUUCUGUGCUUAUUUGUAUGGCGUCGUGAACUAGAACCAUGGGAGUUGUAUGAUGACAAUGAGCUCCGGCAGAGACUUCUAAAUGCAUCCGUUCCCAUCCCAGCACAAGCAACACAUGAUGUGUACAUAACAUUGGCUCAACAGCAUUUGCGACAAUUUUUGGGACAACCAAAAAAAAUACCGAGAAUGCAUUAA